AUGCCCCGCAGCUGCGGGGAGGCUAGUAUGUUGAAUGUCAUUUGUAUUUGUCAAAGUUUGAGAGGCGGACAUGUUGAAAUCCAUAAUUUCUUGAGGUUUUUUAGAUUGAAGGCUUGUACCCUUUCAGAAAAGAUAUUUGGAUUCGUUGAUGUGCAGAAGAGAGGCAGGAUAACAUUUAAAGAGUUCUUAUUUGGAUCAGCUCAUGUACUGAAGCAGCCAUUAUUCCUACAAGCAUGUGAAUUAGCAUUUACUGGAUGCGGCUCUGAUGGAAACCAUGACAUUUCAGAGCAAGAAUUUGGAGGCUCCAUUUUAUUGGCAAUUCCAAACUUGAAUGAAGAUGAGAUCCAUGAACUCUUCCUUUUGUUUGACACUGAUAGCCAUGGGAGCAUCAGCAAGAACAAUUUUAAUACGUGUUUAAGGAAAAAUCCAUUGCUCAUAGCACUUUUCUCGCCCCAAUUGUUGCGUUUGGAUUUCCCUAGCAGGUCAUAG